AUGGUUGCGCAGCUGACCGUCCUGGUUUCCUUCGGCGGUGGAGACAACAAAUCCGCGUUUGAAGAAAAAUGUUCCUAUAAGGGUACGCUUAUUAAUUUUUUGGCUAAACCAAUUACUCUUGCGAUCUUCCAAUCGCUUACUAAGAUAUACAACGGAGACGUAGAUAUGACGCAAAAGUGUGAGCAACACCUUCGCGCCACGCUCGCCGUCGUCUGUCAACUUCGUUAUUGGGGAUGUUUUUUCAGCAGGCACUUUGGAUUUUUCAGCGACCUCAGUCACCCACUUUUCAAUGGACUUCGCCCCCUCGUACACGUUCGUGUACUGCUUCCUGAGCUCGUCGGCCAGUGGCUGGAAGCCUGCUCGCAGGGCGUUAAGGAUGGGAGGGACAUUCCCCUCGCCGUAUGCUCUGGGAUUAAACGCGCUAAGUGGUUCGUUAAGUGCGGCUAA